ACUGUUUGAAGUGAUACACGGGUCAUCAGUAGAACUUCUUUGCUGUUGUAUUUGCUGCCAUUAACAAUGCUGGGUAAAAAAUCUCUCAAGGAGAAAAAAAGAAGACAUUCUCAGGGAGAGUCUCGAGAAGUGGAUAGAAAACGGAGAAGCACCGAAUCCAGCGUCGAGGAUGCAAAGGAGGAGCCGGAGACAGCAGAGGCGCCCGCUGAGGAGCCCAGUGACACCGAGGAGGGUGGACUGGACCUCAGUGUACCUUUCAAGCCCAUCAGUGCCUAUGUAUCCGACCGACAGGAGAUGCUGGAGCAGUGCUUCCGCGUACUAGGCGAGAACAAACUCAAAAAGAUGCUCCCGGAUGAGUUGAAGGAUGUGCCAUUUGAAGAAAUUAAGAAGCUGUGUGGGGAACAGCUGGAGCAGCUUUCUCCCAACAACCUGCUGGAAAUCCUGGAGGGACGAGAGGUGUCCGACCCUGAUGCUGAAAACAAGAGCAGCAUUGCUGUGGACAGCCAGCAAGACAACAACGUUGACUCCACCUCCAGCGUCAAAGACAACAGUGAAGUGGAGGAACUCAAACAAAGUGGAGGAUCUGGGGAGGAAAGCGAUGUGCUGAGCAUCAACGCAGAUGCCGACGACAGUGACAUCGAGGGUCCCAAAGAAGAGAAGUCCCUGGAGGCGGAGGAAGAGUCUGCAGCAGUUCCCCCCGGCACCCCACCAGCACAGGAGGAGGAAGAGGAGGGGCAGAAAAAGAAGAUGAUGAAGGUGGAGCAGACGGAGAACGAGCCUCGUCUGGAGCUCCAGCAGGACAUCGAGCGCAGCGUCAGCGAGAUCCUCGCGCUGUCCGUCCCGGCCGAGCCCCCGCCACCACCACCGCCACCGCCGCCGAGAGCAGCUCAACCUGCACAGGCCCAGGGCGAUUUCCCAGCAGCCCCUGCGGUAGUGGUGGCAGCUGCGGUCGCGCAGCCCUCGGCCCAGCAGCUGGAGCUCCUGGAGCUGGAGAUGAGGGCCCGGGCCAUCAAAGCCCUGAUGAAGGCCAACGACACCAAGAAACAGGCCCUGGCCCCGUGACCCGCACCCGGGCCUGUGAGGUGACACUGUCCUGGGUCACACGUGAUGCAUUCUGGGAGAGUAUGACCAUACAUUAGGAAGUCUUUGGAAACAUAAUGGCAGCUCUGUCAGCCAAUGACUUUAUGAGGAGUCUCUUCAUAAAUGUGUAAUGCAUUCUGGGGGUGUUUGUUCAUGCUAUAGUAGUCCCUCAUCAUAAGUAGAAGGGUAGCUAUAUUAGCCUACAAAUAUGCAGUAAGUCCUGCAAUUGUACAAUUCUAGAUUGUCCAUACAUCAGCUCUUAAUUAUAUGACAUAUAUUGUUAUUGUUAUCUGAUGACGAGGAAGGGUGAGUAAUAGAAAGGAUGACCCAUGGAGAGGGCUACCAGGUGGUCCUCUGAUAUCAACUAAGCCAUGUGUCUGAAGGUUGAAGAUGCAUCUUGUGCAGGCCGGUAGCUACCUAGAAACAGGCGAUCAUUCACAUACAUGUCUCUAGCCCAAAGGGUAUUUUGAAGUUUGAUGAAAUAGAUCUGAUGGUAAGAAACCAGAUCAUCAAUAAAGAAAGCUGGCCCAGGAACUUGUUAACAUUCAGUCAGUAGUUGAAAAAAAAUUCAGUUCUCUGAAGUUCAAUUUCUGUUACUUGUUUUGGAUUUGUUAUUGCUAAUAGUGUGUUGAAUGUAAGAUGAAGUAGCCUGCGGUUGUAUGUAUGUUGUAUUGUAAGAGUGUAUGAAAGUGUCACCUGCAUUUCUAGUGCUUGUCAGUUAUAAUCUCAAGCACAGACCUUAGUUUUUUGUUUUUUUUUUGCAUCAAUUAAGCUUGGAUUAAUCAGACAGAUCAAAGAUCGAUCAGGUGUAUUGGAUGUUAAUUGCUAGUUUAAAAGGUCAACAAAGACAAUGCAAGGUCACAUAUCUCUCAGACUAGUUGCACCAUGGGCAUGGGAAUUAGAGUGUAUAUUUAGCCAUUACCGGUGGAAACUUGUGAUCUUAAAUUAAUCAAGUUCCAUUUUUUCCGUUUGUUUUUUUCUUCUGAAUUUAAAAAGAAUGGGUUUUUGUCAUGCCACUCAUGGACAUCAGGAAAGAUGAGACUGAUAUGAGAGAAUAUAAAGAUAAAUAGGACCUGCUUGGAUGGCUUUGAUUUGUUUAUUUUUGUGUGAAUUGAAUGAUAUGAUUGGCUACCCCAGAGAUUGGUUUUGCCUUAUCUAUGUUUUCCCAUAAACAUAUUGUGAAGAAUAUUUUUUUUUCAUUUUUAUUAAUAUAUAUUUUUUUUUAAUCACUUCUUGGUUCAAUCUUUAUUUUCUUGACUUUUUUACACUUGUUACAUGUAAGUGUUAUUGUAAAGAAAUUGUUAAAAAUAUCUAUUCCGUUGAAAACAGUUCAUAAAACAGUGAAUAUGUUUGAUUAAAAAAGCAUGCCCAGUUCUUAUGGGUUGGAAAAGAGAAUGACUGUGUGGUUUGUCAAGAGUCAAUACAGACAUGGAGAAAUCAAACACACUGGCUAGUAUUUAAGUGAGUUUAACCAAAACAAGCAACCAAAGUGUCUGAAAGUUGAGGACAUGCUGGCUAAUGUUCUGUAUGUGACCUUAUUUGGCCUGUCAACCGUUGAUUUAAUCAAUAAAUCGUUAUAGAAAUGUUG